AUGGACCUCGACACCAGUCCCGCGGAUCAGCGCACCUCGCGCAAGCACCUGCGCAGCAGCUCCGACGAUUAUAACUACGAAACCAGCUCCGAUGAAUCCGGUCGCUUCGACGACGCCGAUGAACCGGAGAUUGAAGAUUAUAAAUCGCCCUCGGCCAAGUCCGUGAAACGCCGCCGCUCCAAUGACUGGCCGCUGCCCGACGAAGCUGCAGACUAUGGGCAUGACAACCGUCGUCACGCACGCGGUGGGAAUGGUGGGAUAGGUGCUAGCCUCGGCGCUCAGUUCAAGUCUUCCCCACGAGCGUCCCCUCGUGCCUCGGCGACUUCGCUUCGUGGCAGACACAGUGCUGCGGCCGCACACAGCCCACGUCACUUGCUGGGACGCCGGUCGCGUUUUGUGGAAGCGACGAUGAGUGAUAGUGUCAGCGAGAAGCCACCGAGUAUUUUUAUGCACGAGAGUAAGCGGAUUGCGCCUCAGCAGCAGCAUCAGCAGCAUCGUUCGUCCGGAAUCUUUCGCUUUGGGAAGGCCAUUGCUUCGGCCUUCAAUCCUUUCGGAGGUUGGAAUAGGAACUCGCCUGAACAUGAGGUUUCUCACAAGCCAAAGCCUCAAACGGAUGCUCUUACCCAGGCAGAACUGGCUUAUGCGGAGUUGAAGAAGGCCGGCUAUAAGGGUACCAACAAAGGUUCCUACACGCAGAGCCAGAAUACCGACCAGGCGAACGCCGACCAGACAUUCCAGGCUAUCCUGGAGAAAAUGGGCCACGGAGGUACCAUUGGAGAUGCAGCCCACCCGCUAGCGGAUCAAUUUGAUGGACCUGGUGGUACACCUUCGCGCUCAUCAUCGAAGGCCUCGAAGCGCUCAUCUUUCCAAGACCUUCGCAAGGUCGGACUCCCAUUUGGCAGGCCCCAAGAAACGACCACCGUCGCACCGCCAACAUACAUCGAGCGAUCAUCUGAAGAAUCCGUUGAAAAUACUGGGCUUCGCAAACAAAAAUCACGCAGGGAGCUUUCACGACAAGCCAAGCUCCUCAAGAAAGUCAGCAACCUUGAAGACAAGCUCGACCGUGCUCGUCGCGAGCUUCACCAGAUCAGUGGAAAUGAGGAGCGGGUGCCAGAGCCAACACCAGAGCGCAGAUCCAUGAGCAUUGAUAUGGACCCUGGCAGUUAUCCACGCAAAUUCGUCCCCGGUGCACUCCCAACACUACCAUCAGAACGACUUCUCGACCAACAAGCGACAAUCGCCGAAACGCCCGAGCCCGAGAUGGGCGUCUUGACCGCUUUACCGUCCGUGGAGGGCCGAAGAAGCGUCUCGAUCGAAGAACAGGGACCAUGCCCAAGCCCAAUUGUGGGCAAGUCCCCGAAGAGGCGGUCGAGAGAUUCGCGGCCGUCUUCCAUGGGUAAGGAAAGCUCCUCCCGCAAAAGGAAGUCCCCCGUUCCUGAACCAGUCGAUAGUCGGAAACCUCCUCAGUCCAACCCAACGCGCCCCGAUAUCAACGACGUCGCCCUUUCGAUCGAAUAUGACCACCUGAUCGACUCGGGCCUCCUUAGCCCCCUUCGGCAAACUAAAUGGCCGAAAUUCGAAGCUGGCGAUAGCCCCGGCUCGGUAGAACGUACGCGAUCCAAUAUCAGCCACGGAGCCGCCGCACAAGAAGAAGAUUCAUACAACAAAAGGUCCACAUCAGCUCAGUCCCGAAAAUCUUCUGCCAGCCUGAACCGCUCACCAAAAUCCAAGGCCGUAAAAUCCUCGCCCCAUAUCCGUACGCAACCAGGCCGUUCGAAUUUGCGCUCUGUCUCGCCUUGCGCCAUGAGCGAUUCGGCACACAGAUCCCCCGGCAACUGGAUCUCUCCCUCGCCACCUCCUUCAAAAAGUAAAGCACAUCAGGCGUUCUAUCUUCAGCCGCAUCUCCACCUCGAUCCGGAUCGGACGCCACGCUCUUCACCUGGCAAAUCUAGCCCAAGGAAACGAAGAUGGCAGGAUGCGGAUAUUCCACCCGUCCCUCCGCUUCCUGAGGAGCUUCUUCCAAAUGCAGCAAAGGUAAAUAAGUCGCCAUCGAAGAUGAAAAGUCCGAGAAACGAGCCUGCGAUGGCUUUAGAGCCGCAGUCUUUUUCUGUUCAGAAUCAGCAGUCGACCGCGACCGGGCUUGAGGACUUCCCCUGGCCUUCGGAUAUUUUUUAA